AAGACCAGCUCAUCAUAAAACUUUAAACUAUUCCGUAGAGGAUAAUAAAUAGCUGGUUGCUUGCCAAAAACGUUUCAGGUCGCCUGCUUUUGCUUCUUGUACCUUUGAAAACACACCUCUCACAUUUUCAGCAACUAAGCGUGUUACUAAUACCAUACAGCCGUCCACUUCUCCAACAUUUUUCCAAAGUUUCUUCCUCUCCAAACAAGUUUUUAAGGUUUCAUUUUUCACUUGAAAAUUCAACGUCUCUGUCCUCCUCCAUCUCUCAUUUCAAACCCUCACGUACGUGUUUGUUUUUUCGUAAAAGAAUUUUAAGGUUUUUGUGAUCUCACCCCAAUUUUUUUAUAUGUAAUGUCAUCCUCUGACGAAGAAGGUGAGAUUUUGCCACAAAUCCAUGUCUCAGAAUAUGCUUUUGUUGAUCAAACCGGUUCACCAAUUUCAUUUGCUGUUUUGCCUCUCCAAUGGAGUGAAAAUGAGGUCAUUGGUGAGCUUAAAACUGAUGUUUUCUUACACGGGGAUGCUGACAAUGGGCUUCAGAAGAUUUACAAGCAAGUUGUUCUAUGGAAGUUCGAGCUAUCCUAUGCACUGCCUGAAAUUUUGGUGCUCUCUAAGGACAAGAAAUGGAUGACACUCCAAAAGCCUAGGAAGAGUUUUAAAAGCACUAUUACGACAAUCCUGAUCGCCAUUCAUUGGAUGCAUUAUAUGAAAAAAAACAUAGACGCAUCCACAAAAUCUGUAUGGAGCCACUUGCGAAAAGUAUUAAGCUUAAAUGAGUUUGAGGCUUCUAAGAAUGACCUCUUGCAUCACAAGCUGUUAAUUGGUGAAGCUGUGAAAAGGGAUAAAGACUUAGCAAAGUCUAAGAAUGUGCUUAACUUUGUGGAGAUGCCUCAGACAAAUACAACUUUUCAUCAGGAUGUCCAUACACCCAGGAAAAGUAACUUUAUAGUUGAUGAAGAUUUAGAAGAAGAUUACAAUGAUGAAGAUGACAUAGGUGAAGAAGUGGAUAGUGUGGGGAAGCCCAUUUUUGAUCCUGUCUGUGCCAUUUGUGAUAAUGGCGGCAAUGUUCUUUGCUGUGAAGGAAGGUGCCUGAGGUCAUUUCACCCAACAAAAGCUGAUGGGAUUGAUUCUUUCUGUGAAUCUCUUGGCUUUGUCAAUGAUGCUCAACUUGAUGCUAUUCCAUCCUUCUUGUGUAAAAAUUGUCUAUAUAAGCAGCAUCAGUGUUAUGCAUGUGGUGAAUUAGGCUCCUCUGACAAUUCUUCUGGUCAAGAGGUUUUUCCUUGUGUUUCUGCAACUUGUGGGCAUUUCUAUCAUCCAAAAUGUGUUGCGAAAUUGCUUCACGCCGACAAUGAAGCUGAGGCAGGAAGGCUUAGAGAGAAAAUUGCUGCAGGGGAUUCAUUUACGUGUCCCAUCCAUAAAUGCUUUGCUUGUAAGCGAAAUGAAGAUGCAGAGGUUCAUGAUUUGCAGUUUGCUCUUUGUAGGCGUUGCCCUAAGGCAUACCACAGGAAAUGUUUACCCAAGAAUAUUUGCUUUCAAUAUGAUAUGUACAAAAUUGGUUUACAAAGGGCGUGGGAGGGUCUCUUGCCAUAUAACCGGAUUCUAAUAUACUGCAUGGAGCAUAAGAUCAUCAGAGAGCUUGAAACGCCAAGCAGAGACCACUUGAUAUUUCCCAAUCUUGAAGUCAAAGAAAAGAAACACGAAGUGAAGUUGCUAUCUUAUAGAGGAAAGAAUUUGGCCUCAAAGAGAAGUGAGGUUUCUGAAGAUGUUGCGAAAAGUAGAAAUCUUUUGAAGAAGCCAAAACUGGUUCAAAAGGCCUAUGGUGACAUUCAAGCUGGAGCUUCUAGUAAGAGAAUUGAGAAACACUGUUUGCGACCAGAAUUUUCUCCUUUGAAUAAACCAAAUACAUGUAUCACUGGUAGAAAGUUCCUGAAGCAGGAUGCCAGCUCUGACUUUGAUAGGUUUCUUGCAAGAGAGAAAAACAAGCUAACCCAGACAAAAGGUAACUUAAAAGUGAAGUUGCAAUUCCAUGGAACUAUGUCCAAGCAGUCAGAAGAAACUUGCUUUAAAACCAAGAAUACCAAUCAAAAUAUGCAAGUGAUGAAGAAAAUGGAAAGCACAAGGCCUUUAAUUGAUUCAGAACUAGAGAAAGGAAUUUUGGUUCUCAUGGAAAAUGCUGAUUCUUCAUUUAAUGCUGAGGAAUUCAUGAAAAAUCAGCGGCAAAUCUCUGCUGCAAAUGCAUGUAGCUUUAGGAGUGUAGUGGACAAGACCAUUACAUUGGGCAGGGUGGAAGCCUCUGUUAAGGCUGUUAGAACUGCCUUAGAGAAGUUAAAAGCAGGAGGUUCUCUUGAGGAUGCGAAAACUGUUUGCGGUCCAGAGGUGCUCAAGCAGAUAUUCAAGUGGAAGGAGAAUCUUGCUGUUUAUCUUGGACCUUUUCUCCAUGGGAUGCGGUAUACAUCUUUUGGUCGCCAUUUCACAAAAGUGGAGAAGCUUAAAGAGAUAGUUGAUAGGCUCCAUUGGUAUGUGCAAGAUGGUGACACUAUGGUCGACUUCUGCUGUGGUUCCAAUGAUUUCAGUUGUUUAUUAAAAGAGAAGCUAGAGAAAGUGGGGAAGUCAUGCUUAUUUAAAAAUUAUGAUCUUUUUCAGCCAAAGAAUGAUUUUAAUUUUGAAAAGAGAGAUUGGAUGAGUGUCAACUUGGACGAAUUACCUGAUGGUUCUAAACUGAUUAUGGGGCUGAACCCCCCUUUUGGGGUCAAGGCAUCUCGUGCUAACAAGUUCAUUGACAAGGCUCUUAAGUUCAGACCAAAGGUUAUUAUUCUUAUUGUUCCAAAGGAAACCAGAAGACUUGAUGAAAAAGAGGCAUAUGAUUUGAUUUGGGAGGAUGACAGAAUUCUAUCUGGCAAGUCAUUUUACCUCCCAGGUUCAGUUGAUGUAAAUGACAAGCAGAUGGAGCAAUGGAAUGUGAAGCCACCACCGCUUUAUCUUUGGAGUCGCAAUGAUUGGACAGCCAGGCACAAGGCAAUAGCACAAGAGCAUGGUCACGCAUAUUAUGGGCUGGAAGAGAUGCAUGGAAAUGAAGACAAUGGCAAAGAAGUUGGAUUUAAUUAUCUUAUGCAGGAGAAACAUGAUUGUUAUGGUGAUUUCUCCAAAGACAUUUAUGCUUGUGGAGGUAUUUCCAGCAUAUUUGAUGGUGUUCCUGAUGGAUUUGAAUCUGAAGGAAGCAGAGGAACUAUACAUGGAAAACACAUGUAAUGCCACUUUCCUGGAAGCAGUAGUAAUUGGAAGAAUAAUGACUUGACAAAACAAAUUCGUGAGGAUGUACUUGAGAUGCGACAUGAGGGACAUAGCCACAGAGAUACAUUGAUAACUUCAGAAGCCGAUGACACGUGCAUCGACAUAGAAACAUCAUCUCCAGACGAUAGACCCGGAGAUUCUGAGGCUACUGGAACUGAAGGCGGAGGUGGGGGCUUCAAGAACCGCGGAAAAGGCCCUUUAUAAUCUA